GGAACGGGUGGACUUGGCCUUCUCCAUGGCACACCGGCUGCAGAUACGACUGCUGACCUGGGAUGUGAAGGACACACUGCUGAAGCUUCGCCGCCCCGUGGGGGAAGAAUAUGCUGCCAAGGCCCGGGUUCACGGGCUGGAUGUGGCGGCCACAGCCCUGGAACAGGCCUUCAGGCAGGCCUACAGGGCUCAGAGCCACAGCUUCCCUAACUAUGGCCUGAGCCAGGGCCUCACCUCCCGCCAGUGGUGGCUUGAUAUGGUCCUGCAGACCUUCCACCUGGCGGGAGUCCAGGAUGCCCAAGCUGUGGCCCCCAUUGCUGACGAGCUGUAUGAGGACCUCAGCAGUCCCCAUACCUGGCAGGUGUUGGAGGGGGCCGAGACCAGCCUAAGGGGGUGCCGCAAGCGGGGUCUGAGGCUGGCAGUGGUCUCCAACUUCGACCGACGGCUAGAGAACAUCCUGGUGGGUCUUGGCCUGCGGGAACACUUCGACUUUGUGCUGACUUCUGAGGCUGCCGGCUGGCCUAAGCCAGACCCCCGCAUUUUCCGUGAGGCCUUGCGGCUUGCUCAUGUAGAACCGGCUGCAGCAGCCCAUAUUGGGGACAGUUACCGCUGUGAUUACCAGGGUUCUCGUGCUAUGGGUAUGCACAGCUUCUUGCUGGUUGGCCCAGAGCCUCUGGACCCUACAGUCCGGGAUUCUGUACCUGAAGAACACAUCCUCCCCUCACUGUCUCAUCUCCUGCCUGCCCUUGACCGCCUGGAGGGCUCAACCCCAGGGCUUUGAGUCUGGUGAGGGAAGUGGCUGGGCCCUGGGCCAUGGAGAGAACCCUAAGCAAACACUGGAGGCAUGGGGCCCCUUCUUUCUCCACAGACCUGGACUUUGCCCCUCUCCCUGCAGCCUCCAUAACCUAUUCUGACUAUAAAGCAGUGAGUGCUGGCCUUUUUGCCUUACCCUGCUAACCGGCUCUCGGUCUCUGAGUUUAGUCAUUCUCAUGCACACCUGUGUCCCUUUUCCACCAUGAGGCUCCCUCACCUCCAGCAGGGUUCACUGAGGACCCAACU